ACUUGCUAUUACUUGACGUUGCACCACUUUCUCUCGGUAUUGAAACUGCAGGAGGUGUUAUGACGCCACUUAUUAAACGAAACACCACAGUUCCCACAAAAAAAUCCGAGAUAUUCUCCACAUACUCGGAUAACCAACAAGAUGUACUUAUCCAUGUAUAUGAAGGUGAACGUGCUCGUACAAAGGAUAAUAACUUGCUUGGUAAAUUCAAAUUGAUCGAUAUUCCACCUGCACCUCGAGAUGUCCCUCAAAUCGAAGUUACUUUUGAUAUUGACGCAAAUGGUAUUCUUAACGUCUCUGCUGUUGAUAAGACAACUGGACUAUCUAACAGGAUUACCAUUACAAAUGACAAAGGACGAUUGUCUAAAGAAGAAAUCGAACGCAUGGUUGCGGAUGCUGAGAAAUAUCGUUUAGAGGAUGAAAAGGUUGCUCAAAGAAUUCAAGCACGUAAUGGCUUGGAGAGUUAUGCAUACAACUUGCGAAAUACACUUCAAAAACUUGAAGAUGCUAUUCAAGAAACAAUUACAUGGCUUGAAAACAAUCAAGAAGCUGAAAAGGAAGAAUAUGAUUAUAAACAGAAAUCAUUUGAAGAAAUUGCCAACCUAAUAAUGAUGAACCUUUAUGGUAGUGGAUCUAAUAUGUAG